UUUUCGUUGUGUGUGCGCGUCAACCAUCUCUCUCCCCCUUUCUCUCUCUCUCUCUCUCUCUCUCUCUUUGGUGUAUCACAUAUAGGGGCAGCCGGGCAGGCGCGUUACUUGUGUUCCGCGUCUCUACACUACCUUUGGUUAAAAAGAGAGAGAUAAUAUUCCUCACCAACACACUAAUACACUGAUACAGUGCCUAUCUUCUCUUCUUCCUCCUCUCUCACCGCAGACAGCCACAUCCACCCGUUGUCCUCUCUCUCUCUCUCUCUCUCUUUUCCUCUCUUUCUCUCUUUCUCUCUCUAUCUGUCUGCUGUCUCUCUCUCUCUCUCUCUCUCUUUCUCCCCGUCUCCUCUCUCUCUCUCUCUCUGUCUCGUUUGUUCGUCGUUCUAUCGCACGCUCUGGGGCCACCGCACCGAAGGCACCGAGCCAGGCCACCAGGCGGUACGCAAGAUGGCUGUGUGUCGCUAACGAGAGCCCAAAGAGAAACCGGAACGCGAAAAACGAGGAGCCGGGAAUAAACGGAACAUGCGGCUACAAGAUCCUCGGGCCCGUCCCUGAACGAGAGACCCUGGCCAAAAAGCAGAUAGGAUCCAAAGGAAGGCCAAGAGAGAGAGAGAGUGGGUGAGAUGCUUGUCACGAGUAAAUUCUCUGUAGUAUUCGUCUUCUUUUUCGUCCUCGUGGUCGUCGUACUCUCGGAAUGGGAAAGGAGAGACGCAGGAAAGUUUUCUGAUCGUGACUGACCGUACAUGUCGUCGUCGUCAUUGUCGUCAUUAUCGUCAUUGUCGUCAUUGUCCAUCGUACAUGUGAACUUUCUCACGGAAAAGAGAGUUUAACGAAGAUUAAAAAGCUAAAUAAUUUACAACGUCUUUAACCUACCAACAUCGUCAUCGUCAUCACCACCGUCAACUUGGUCAUCGUCAUCGUCAUCGUCAUCAUCAUCAUUAUCAUCAUUAUCAUCAUUAUAUUCAUCAUAAUUAUCAUCGAUGAAUUCGUCGAGGACAGUACACCUCUUCGUUAUUUGUAUUCACCUUCGAGGAUCUUUCUUCUUGCUCCUCAACUUCGAAGAAUCGUGAUCGUGAUUGGAAAAUACGAUAUGCAUCCUUACGAUUUUAUUGGACGAACGAAUGCUACUUUUCGUAGACGAGGAUAGCGUUAGAGACGGAUGCGAAAGAAUUUUCUUGAGGAACUCAAGUGUCUAUUCAGAGAUAACAGGGAAUGUGUGACAUGUUCAUCCAAACACAGCAGACGAGUAGCGUCAACGGCAGCAGCAGCAGCAGCAGCAGCAGCAGUAACAACACCGUUCACCACCAUAGCAAAAAACGCAAGUUGGAGUACAACGUGAGCCAGCCGGUGAUCCAGCACGGGUUGGUCCAAUCGACCGGCGACUAUCAAUUGGACAAUACCGGACUGCCACAGCGGUAUUCCGUGAACGGUGCUAAUACCGCAUUUAGCUCGCUGCACAACAAUAAUGCGCUGCAGAAGAGUAGCCCGAACCAGCAGACCCUGGUACGAGCCUCGACGAUCAAGCUCCUAGACACUUAUCAACGCUGUGGCCAGAAGAGAAAAACUUGGUCGAGGGAGGGUAAUGGUGACGCCCUGGCAGUCCACUCCGCCAACGCGACGAACGCAGUGGGUAGUACUAUAGUGUCGCAGCAUUAUACCCAACAGCAACAACAGCUGCAGCAACAACAACAGCAGCAGCAGCAACAACAACAACAGCAGCAACAACAACAACAACAACAGCAACAACAGCAACAACAUAAGCAAGCAGGGAUGACAGCUCAUAGCAAACAAGUUGCAAAUGCGGCCAACGGGGCUGGUGGUGGAGGUGGCGGUGGCGGGGGUGGAAGUAAUCCUCAGGGGGAUGGAGAUUAUCAUUUGGUCCAACACGAAGUUUUAUACUCUAUGGCCAAUCAGUAUGAAGUUCUUGAAUUUUUGGGCAGGGGCACGUUCGGCCAGGUUGUAAAAUGUUGGAAAAAGGGAACGAAUGAAAUAGUAGCCAUCAAAAUUCUUAAAAACCAUCCCUCGUAUGCGCGCCAAGGGCAGAUUGAGGUCUCCAUCCUGUCACGACUAAGUCAGGAAAACGCGGAUGAGUUCAACUUUGUGCGCGCUUAUGAAUGCUUUCAGCAUAAAUCACACACCUGUUUGGUGUUCGAAAUGUUGGAACAAAAUCUUUAUGACUUUCUCAAGCAAAAUAAAUUCUCACCGCUACCUCUUAAAUUUAUCAGGCCGAUACUCCAACAAGUUUUAACUGCAUUAUUAAAGCUCAAGCAAUUGGGCCUUAUACAUGCGGAUCUUAAGCCAGAAAACAUCAUGUUAGUGGAUCCCACGCGUCAACCAUAUCGAGUUAAAGUCAUAGAUUUUGGUUCGGCAUCUCACGUAUCAAAGGCAGUCUGCAAUACUUAUUUACAAUCGCGAUACUAUCGUGCACCAGAAAUUAUUCUUGGACUUCCUUAUUGUGAAGCGAUAGAUAUGUGGUCGCUCGGAUGUGUCGUAGCAGAAUUGUUUUUGGGAUGGCCCUUGUAUCCGGGUAGUUCGGAAUACGAUCAAAUUCGAUACAUCAGUCAAACACAGGGCCUACCGACGGAACAUAUGUUAAAUAAUGCUAGUAAAACGACGAAAUUUUUUUAUCGAGACAUGGACAGUACGCAUCCAUUUUGGCGUUUAAAAACACCCGAGGAACACGAGGCGGAGACUGGAAUUAAAUCAAAAGAAGCUAGAAAAUAUAUUUUUAAUUGUCUCGAUGAUAUUGGCCAAGUUAACGUACCAACUGAUUUAGAUGGUGGUCAACUUUUACCUGAAAAGGCAGAUAGGAAAGAGUUCAUUGACCUCUUGAAGAGGAUGCUCACCAUGGACCAGGUGGAGCGCCGAAUAACACCCGGAGAGGCAUUGAAUCACGCUUUCGUAACCCUGGCACAUUUGGUCGAUUAUGCUCAUUAUAACAGUGUCAAGGCUUCCGUCCAAAUGAUGGAGGUUUGCAGAAGAGCUGGCGAUUUUACAGCGAGUCCUGCUCACCAUACAGCACCAUCUGCUCCCCAAGCACCCCCGCCCGCAUCCUUAGUAGCUAAUUUUGUACCAACCACCAAUGGUAGUGCAGUUACUCUUACAUUCAACAAUCAACUGACCAAUCAAGUGCAACGUUUAGUUAGAGAACAUCGCACUGCUCCAACGGGCUAUGACAAUCUGUACGAAACCAUCAGCAGUCCUUGGCCAAAUGUAAUAUACGAUUUAUCAUUUCCAAAAUUACAGUAUCAAAUCUAUAGUAAUAGCAGUCGUCGGGCAACACAAUACAGCAGUUCUUCUAGUGGUUCAAAUAGUGGCCGAAAUGCGGUUCACGAUUUUUCACAUCAAUUAGUACCUGGUAUAUUAUGUCCACCUCCUGGCUAUCAAACGAUGCCAAGUCCAGCUAAACACGUUGUUGUUGCUCAGCCACCGCAGGCUCAACAAGGUCCACUUCAAAUCCAACCCUCGAUCAUAUCGCAGCAAGCUGUUGCAGCAGCUGCGGUAGCUGCGCAACAACAAUACGCGGCUGUUCCUGUAUCUAUGGUGGAAACCGGACGACAAAUGUUGCUCACUAAUGCCGUACAAACAUCAUGGCCUGGUGGAAGUCGGCAAAUGGCUGCAAUUGUACCAUCUUGGCAACAAUUACCACCUCAACACGCAGCGAUUCAACAACCGUUGUUAAGCGACGCUGGAGAUUGGGGAAGACCGCUCAUCGUAGAUAGCUCUGCCAUAUUACAGGAUCAGCGGCCAGUAUUUCCUGUCACGGAGGUUUAUAACGCUAGUGCUCUCGUCGAACAUCCUCCACAAAGUUGGGGCAAACGUAGCGUCACUAAACAUCAUCAACAUCAUGUGACCGUACCCCAACAAAGCCAACACAGGCAUGAACAUAAGAAAGAAACUCAACAAUUGAGUCCAGUUAAAAAGAGAGUGAAAGAGAGUACACCACCGAGCAGUAUGAGACGACAUUCACCUUCGAAUGGACAUUGGCAGCUACAACCAAUUCAAUCCCAUCAUCACAGUAGCAGCAAACACAGUAGUAGUCACAACGUAGAACAUCAACAAGUUGCAUCCGUCCGGCAACCAACAAUCACCAUAUACGAUACCCCAUCUCCGGCUGUUUCUGUUAUCACCAUCAGCGACAGUGAGGAUGAAUCACCAGGAAAAUGUAGUGUCAUGCAUGAUAUCAUUGACAGCUGUGGAGAUCGUCAAUGCGGAGCCUGCCAAAAUUUGGCAACUCGCCUGUCUGGCGAUGGACGACCUGUCCGUGAGGAUGUCAUCAGAAGUACACAAUCUACACCAAGGGUUGUACCAACGAUGCAGCAGGCUCAUUCGAAUACACAAGCCCAUACGAGUUUUCAUACGACAUCACAAAGCUCCUCUCAAAGAGCUCAAAGGAAAAACGUUAUCAGUUGUGUUACGGUCGGUGAUAGCGAUGGCGAAGGUAGUCCAGGGAGAGCUCAUGCACAUUUGUAUCAACAAGUACCGCAACAUCCGCAACAUCAACAAACUACAACGCAACACAUCAAACACGAGCCUCAACAACAGCAUCACGUUAGCAGCAGUAGUUCUGGCUAUUCCUCUCAGUCCCAAAAGAAGCGAUUAUUGGCUAAGGUACAAUCCGAAUGCAAUAUGGUGAGCGUUACGACUAAAUCCGAACCUGGCGUUGAGUAUGUCGCUCCACAUCCUUGUCAUGCGCCAGCUUGCAAAGAGCCACCGACCUAUCAGGAUGACGCCUAUGACAUGAAUGACUACUUAUUGCAGUAUGUGACUACAAGUAGCGCUCAUCCUCAUCUACAAGAGCAACACAUCGUUUACACGACCGGUACAGACAAACGAGUAUCUUGGUCUGGAAAACGAGCUGAAUAUAAGCACGAUUACGUUCAACCUCCAGCAGCUCAUUCGAGAGAUCAUCAAAAGUGGGCAGUAGCAAACCCUGUACAUCAAUAUAGGCAGAGCCAGGUGGUAGGCUCGACAGCCCAUCCGGGUCAUACCCACAGCCACCAUGGGCAUCCAGUCCAUCUGAGCCCUGGGGGUGGUGGUGGAGGCAGAAGCCCCACGGGCGGACCUGUGAUAGGGGGUGCCCAGCAUCUGGGACAACCUCUCUACCAGGAGUACGCUCAUGUGCGUUCAAGAGCACAUGCCGUGCCACCCCCUGUUUAUGUUACUGCUGCGCCUUCUCAGGCUCCUGCUGCUAUCCAGCAGCAACAAGUGCCCACCUUUCAGGGAUUCACACCCGGGUGGGUACCUAGACACCUAGUUGAUGCAUGCACCUCGUCUCCAUUAACGUUGUAUGAUUCUAGUCGUGCGUUGCCACCACCAGCUCAUCACAGUUCAGCCAGACCAUUACUAGCAAGCCAUGCAGCGCAUCCACUACCAGCGCAUAUGCAACCUACUGCUGUUUAUGGAUUGGCUCCGCUUUCACCAGCCAAACACCAGUAUCAACCAUCUGGUUUGUGGUUUACGGAGUAAAUUCAUAUUUUUAAAGCGCAUUAACGUGCUCUGACCGUUGCAGUUUAAAUGCUCUCGUUAUGAUGCCCCCUUACUUGUUUGUUAUAUUUUUUUUGCUCAUCUUUUUCUAUUUCCUGUGAAACUUACGAUUUGCCUGUCUGUCUGUCUGUCU